AUGGCACCCACAGCAGCAGCGAGCGAGGCGGUCGUUAUCAGCCAGAAGGCGGAGCCGGUCGAGAAGGAGCUGACGCCACUACAGGCCAUCUCACACGGCGAUGUGCUGCCAGACAUCCCGACUUUUGUGUCAUUUGCGGCCGAGCGACGCCACAUUCUGAUCCACAUGGCGGCGACGUUUCGGCAUUGGGCGCGGCAGAACUUCACCGAGGGCCAGAGCGGCCACAUCUCGGUGCGCGAUCCCGAAUUUCCCGGCAUGAUGUGGAUGAACCCGCUGUCGCGCCACUUUGGCAUGCUGACGGCGGGCGACAUGCUGCUGCUGGACAUUGAGACGGGCCACAUAGCGGCCGGCAGCCCGAACCCGGCAACCGGCCUGCGGACGUCCAACCGGGCCGGCUUCUUCAUCCACCGCGCCGUUCAUCGGGCGCGGCCACACGACGUGCACUCAGUCUGCCACGCGCACACGAACAGCGGCCGGGCCUGGGCUGCGUUUGGCCGACCACUCGAGAUGCUGACCCAGGACGUGUGCACGCUCUAUGGCGCCCAUGCCGUCUACAACCAGUACGGCGGCAUCGUGUUCGGCACCGACGAGGGCGAGCGCAUUGCCCACGCGCUCGGAACCUCGAACAAGGCUGCCAUCCUGAUGAGCCACGGGCUGCUGACGGUCGGCAGCACCGUCGACGAGGCCGGUUUUCUCUUCGGCCUCAUGGACCGCUCGUGCGAUAUCCAGCUGCGCGUCGAGGCCGCCGCCGCUGCCGGCACGCUCAAGAAGCAGAUCAUCAGCGACGACGAGGCCGCCUACAACUUCCGCAUGGCCAGCGAGCCCCAUGUGCUCUACCGCGAGGCCCAGGCUGACCUUGAGCUCGAGAUCGAGGCUGCCGGCGGCGAGGAGGCCCUGGCCAAGGGUCUCGACCAGCUCGUCAUCAUCCGCGAGUAG